AUGUCCGACGAUAGCCGUCCCAGCCUGGCGAAGGGCUCCAUCUCUCUAGAAAAACAUACCGGAGGAUCUGACGCGUACGAGGUCACCAAAGACGGACAAAGUCCAGCAUGUACGCCUCGCGACGAAUCCGACGUUUACCAGUUCUUCGUGUCUUAUCAGGAAAGCCACGCGGGGAGACUGGUUCUUGACCCAGGGUUUGCACCGGCGGAGUUUGGGGAGGAUAUCGCGAAGCAGCUCAAGCUCUCCCCAGACAAGUCCAAGAUCCUCUGGCCUCAGCCUGCGGACGACUCCCACGACCCUCAAAAUUGGAGUAAAGCGCGGAAAACGCUGCAGCUGACCAUAGCAACUCUGGCAGCCGUCGUUCCAGAUUUCGAUUCUUCUAUCGGCAUCGCGGCAGUGUUCGCCAUGGCCCGAGAUUUUCACACAACUCCUAACCACGUCAACCAACUAGGUCAGAGCUGGGCAAUCUUCGCGAUAGGCUGGGGCGGGAUUUUUGCGGUGAUGCUCAUCCGACGUUACGGUCGAUUGCCGGUGCUGUUCUGGUCGCAGUUGCUCGCAUUAGGAUUCAUGAUCGGCGUCACGUUCGCCCCUAACUUAACCGUAUCCGCUGCAAUGCGCACUCUCGUAGGGUUCUUUGGAACAUGCGCUCAAGUUUCCGGCUUGUACGUUGUGACCGACAUGUACCCCGUUCAUCUUCAAGCUCGCAAGCUUAGCAUAUGGACGAUGGGAUUCGUCAUCUCCCCUGUCCUAGCCCCGUUCCUACUCGGAUUUCUAGUCGCGCGUGCUAACUGGAGGUGGGCGUACGGUAUCGGUACGAUAUACAACGCUAUAGUCAUGCUCCUGAUAGCCUUUUUUUCGGAGGAGACCAUGUAUGAUCGCCACCUCGAGAAACCGCAUCCCUAUACUACGCCCGGGACAGCAAGAUAUCGCAUCGAAACGCUUCUCGGUCUGACUGGUUACCGAAUGGCGCGCUUCCGGCCGUCCUGGAAGGCCGUCGCCCUCGCGCCGCUCAGGGUGUUCUGGCGCCCACACCUCUUAGCGGCACUCUGGUUCGAAGGGGCCAUGUUUGGUUUUCAGAUCGGCUUCCACGUCACGAACUCGGUCGUCCUCGCCAACCCGCCGCCAAAUGGGUACGGAUACGGCCAGAUCCAGAUCGCUGCGACAUACGCUAGCUCGCUGGGCGCAGUCCUCAUAGGCGAGGUUGUGGGGCGAUAUCUCAACGACUGGCUGCUCGAGGUCACAGUCCGACGUAACAAGGGAGUUUUCGAAGCUGAGUGUCGCUUAUGGGCAUGUUACCCCUCCGUGGCGCUUUUCGUCUGCGGAUCUGUGCUUCAAGGCGCAGCGUUCCAAUUGCAUCUGCACAUUGCCGUGCUGGUGGUGGGUUGGGUCUUAGCCCAGAUGGCGGUCAUGAUGAAUACGUCUGCGAUUUACGCGUAUUGCAACGACUGCUUCCCCAAGUAUCAGGGCGAGAUCUCUGCAUUGAUCAACCUUGCAAGGAGUCUUGGCGGUUUUGGCGUCGCUUAUUUCCAAGUGAACUGGGUCACUCGACACGGAGCACUCCAGGCAUUCGGGACGGAGGCCGGCAUUGUCGCUGGUCUCUUCCUAUUGAUGGUUCCCGUCCUUCAGAUCAAAGGUUCGUACCUCCAGAGCCGCUUUGCUGUGAAUUGA